AUGGAUAUCAUCGCAUCGCAAAGCUGGGCGUAUAUCCCAGAUCUGCCCGACGAUAUUGGUCCCAUCCGCAACCUGCUCCUCGUGUACAGCAGGAUUCCUGCAAGUGAUAUUGACAGCCAUAUUCUACGAGUGCGCGAGGAUGCGUGGAGAGUAUCAAGAUUUCCUUGCGUCGGCCGGUGGAAAUUUCUACGCCUAACCGAGCAAAACGAUCCCUGCUAUCGACAGGUGCUGUUCAGGCUCAACGUGCCCAGAUCGAACGAUGCCUUUUUGGACCUGGGUUGUUGUGUGGGACAGGUCCUUCGUCAGCUCCGUCAUGAUGGAGUGCAAGGAAAUCAAUUAUUCGGAACUGAUGUUCAGUCCAAGUUUGUUGAAAUCGGCUACGAUCUAUUCCAGGAUCAAGACGAAUUUGGUGCUACUUUUGUUGUUGGCGACAUGCUGGACCCCGAUGACACCAGGCUAGAUGACCUGUUGCACAAGGUUACCAUCAUAUAUGCAGGCAGUUUUUUCCACUUGUUCAACUGGACUCAGCAAGUCUAUAUUGGCAAACGACUGGUGGGAUUUCUCAAGCGCGGCACCAAAAAUGCCCUCAUCUAUGGCCGCCACAUUGGCACCACUCGGCCGGGUCCAUCUCCAUUGGGUAAUGAUAUGUCGCCAUAUCUCCACGACAAAGACAGCUUCCAGCGCCUUUGGGAUGAGGUUGGGUACUUGACAAAUACGAAGUGGGCUGUGGAGAUAGAACCUGCCGGCGAAAAGAUUGUUGAUGUACCACGCAUCGAUAGGGAUGCCCAGCCGGUCAACUUUGUCAUACACCAAAUAUCAUGA